CUAUCUUUCGUCAUAUAAUAAAAAAUGUAUUAUUUAAAAGUCGUCUUUAUAAUUAUUAACAAAUUAUUAAGUUGAGAAGAGAAAAGAGUUGCGCAGAAGAGUCAAAACGGUAAAGUUUGGAUGAUAAUCCUGGUUUUAGCUAGGAUGACUUAUGAACGCAUCAGCUGUUCUAGGCUAGAUAAUCCUGCCACAAAUUAGGCAGCAUUAGCGACUUAUGAAUCCGUAUUUCCUAAACACCGGUGUUAGUGUUAAGAGUGGUAUUAGAGCGGUAUUAGCUAAUACCGCUCUUAAGAUACCGGACUCUUGACCCGGCCAAUAGAUUAUAAAUUAUAUUAAUGCAGUGUUAAUUGUAUAGAUGGCAGUGUGUAUGCUUUUGGAAAGUUCAGAAUAAUCAGCUGUUUCUUCUAUCCAUCAACUCCGAUUUCGACUGAAGAUUGAAGAAACACAAUUGAAACUCAUGAGAGACUUUCAAGAAAAUUACGAAAAAGUGAACGUGUAUUUUCAAAAUUUGAGAAACGAAUCAAAGAAAUGUCUUUGUUAGAAAAUUUGAGGACAGAGUAAAAUGGAUUUUGAAUGCACUUGAUUCUAUAAAGGAAGUAUAAAGCUACACAUUCGGGAUGGGAGGAUGGCAGAGUACAACCCGGGGUACGGAGGAACCCGAGGAUCAAAGUACAUGUUCCCAGUACAGAUACCCACCGAAGGUCGGAAACUACUUUUCUACUCAUUUUAUCAUGGGAGGAGAGAAGUUUGAUUCUCCGCAACCUGAAUCUUUUCUCUUUGGAGACAACUCAGAUCUAAAUUUCUUGGGAUCAAAGCCAGUACCUUUCCCGUACCCACCGCCUCAAGCGAAUGAACCGACGAAGACCUUGAAAGCUUUGAUAAACAUUAGAAGAGACUCUUUGCACUUCGUCAAGGUUAAAAAUGCAGAAGGUGAAGACGAGGUGGGAAAGUAUAAUAUCGUCUUCACAUUGGAUUCUGAUGUUCGAUCCAAUAUAACGAUCUUCUAUCUUGCAUCGGAAGAGGUUGGUCCCCAAAGUGUUGUGUAUACACCUAAGCAGGACACUAUGUGCUCUCCAACCUAUAUUUACAGGAAAGGGUCAGGACAAAUGUUUUCCCAACCUGAUCAUAUUUUCCAGGUAGAUAAUUUUUAUUUACCAGGUAGAUCAUUUUUAUUUACCAGGCAGAUCAUUUUCAUUUUCCAGGUAGAUCAUUUUCAUUUUCCAGGUAGAUUACUUUCAUUCUCCAGGUACGAUCUCCAAUUUUUAACGUCAAAAUACGCAACAUAAUCAUCGAAAGAUCUA